AUGGCCCGUACAGACAUACACGGAAACCCGAUCUCUUGCAUCAAGUGCAAGACGGGUCACAGGGAUAAUAGCUGCAACGACAGCCACCCUGGGCCCUGCUUCUAUCGAGGGAAGCGGGGACGCCCGACAAAGGGCGAAGAAGGUCGAGCCGGGGACCCGUUGGCUGUCCCUGACUGCCUUCUUCGGCCUUCGUCGGGUGUCCCUGGGGGUCCCGCACCUCUGCCGUCGCCUCCAGCUCCUUCUGAGGCUGUGGGGUACCCUCAUCUUGGGAAUAAUGACUUUUCUGCCUUUGCAGCACCAGCAGAGGCUUCCUCAUGGGAUUCGGUUCCCAGCAGUCUGGGUGGCCCUGGGCAAUUGCCCAUGGUCCCUCCGCCUACGCCUCCUUUUGAGGCCGUGAGGCACCCCCAAGACGUGGGGAAUGGCCACGCUGCCUUUGUAGCACCGCCAUAUUUACCCUCCCCCGCUCCCUCUCCCAGUGUCCCUGAUUUCUCUGGGCAAUUUUCCGUGGCCCCCGUGUGCCAGCCUCAGAUCGGGGGUAAUGGCUACGAUUUUACUCUGCCACCACAAUCAUUCCCUCAGGCUCCCUCUCUCAGACAUUUGUGGGCUGUAGACGAGCCCACCGCCCUUGUUUCCGAUUUCUUUUCGAAAGAAACUCCGGCGGGCACGGAAGACCAGGGCCCCCAAGACACAGAGAUGGCUCCCAGCGUCUCUACCGCCCCUCGUCUUCCGGACCUUUCUACAGAGCCGGCUGCCGCUUUCCGGCCUGGCACAUGGGGGUCACCUACGGGGUUCAUGUUGAAUGAGGAUUUCAGUGAGUUGAUUAGUUUUGAUGAUGAGUGA